AGAGGAAGUUUGAAUGGAGGAUCUGAAAGGCAGCUGAGGUUACACAACGGCCGCCGUUUCACUGAAAGCCCCGUCUGGUUCCCGAGGAGCGCCGCGAAUCACCGGGAACGAGAUGGACGCUGCGGAGACGGCGGGGAUGGCGGAGCUGGAGGGGCUGGAGUUUGGGAAGUCGGACUUCGUGCUGCUGGAUGAGGUGACGAUGGAGCAGUUCAUGGAGAACCUGAAGCUGAGGUUCGAGAAGGGCCGGAUCUACACCUACAUCGGGGAAGUGGUCGUGUCCGUCAACCCCUACAGAGAGAUGGAAAUCUACGGCAAAGACGCCAUCGACGCGUACCGCGGCCGGGAGCUGUACGAAAACCCGCCGCACCUGUACGCCGUGUCCGACGCCGCUUACAAGGCCAUGAAGAGGCGGGCCAAAGACACCUGCAUCGUCAUCUCAGGUGAGAGCGGUGCAGGAAAAACAGAAGCCAGUAAAUACAUCAUGCAGUACAUCGCAGCCAUCACAAACCCCGGCCAGAGGGCAGAGGUCGAGAGCGUGAAGAACGUUCUGCUGAAGUCCAACUGCGUUCUGGAGGCCUUCGGGAACGCCAAGACGAACCGCAACGACAACUCCAGCCGCUUCGGGAAGUACAUGGACAUCAACUUUAACUUCAACGGCGACCCGACCGGAGGACACAUCAACAACUACCUGCUGGAGAAGUCCAGGGUGGUGCAGCAGCAGGAGGGGGAGAGGAACUUCCACUCUUUCUACCAGCUGCUGCGCGGAGGCUGCGAGGAAACCCUGGAGUCGCUUCACCUGGAGAAUGACGCUGCACUUUACACCUACACCAGAGAGGGCGCUGCAACUGCUACGUCCAACAACGAUCGCACGAGCCACAAAGCGGUGAUGAGCGCCUUGGCAGUGAUCGGCUUCUCUAAAGAAGAGAUUACUUCCAUCUACCAGAUCCUCGCUGCCAUUUUACUUUUGGGUAACGUGGAGUUUGGGAGCGAAGGCGAAAGCGUUCAGAUCCUGGGUCAGGAUACGGUGAACCACAUCUCAGAGCUGACCGCCACAGAUCCCGACUCCGUUGCCAAGGGCCUGCUUUUCCGAACCGUGGCAACCGGCGGCGGCGAGGUCAUCGAGAAAGGUCACACGGAGAAGGACGCUUGUUUUGGCCGGGACGCUUUCGCCAAGGCGCUUUACGAAAGGCUUUUCGGCUGGAUCGUGAGCCGCAUCAACAGCAUCAUCGAGGUGAAAAACUACAACCCAGUGCUUCAUGGGAAAAACACAGUGAUCGGUGUGCUGGACAUCUACGGCUUUGAGAUCUUUGACAACAACAGCUUCGAGCAGUUCUGCAUCAACUACUGCAACGAGAAGCUGCAGCAGCUUUUCAUCGAGCUCAUCCUCCAGCAGGAACAGGAGGAAUACCAGAGAGAAGGAAUCACCUGGCAGCAUAUCGAUUACUUCAACAACCAGAUCAUCGUCGACCUGGUGGAGCAGCAGCACAAAGGGAUCCUGUCCAUCCUGGACGAAGCUUGUCUCACCGUGGGAAAAGUGACGGACACGGUCUGCCUGGACAGCAUGGACACCAAGCUGGUUCAGCAUCCUCACUACACGUCCCGCAAGCUCAGCCCCACAGAUAAAACCAUGGACUUCAAGAAACAUUUCCGCAUCCGCCACUACGCUGGAGACGUCACAUAUUCUGUUGAGGGUUUUCUGGACAAAAACAAGGACCUCCUUUUCCAAGAUUUCAAGCGUCUCAUGUACAACAGUUCGAAUCCGGUCCUGAAGGAAAUGUGGCCAGAUGGUCAGCUGAGCAUCACAGAGGUCACCAAGCGACCUUUGACCGCUGCGACGCUUUUCAAAAACUCCAUCGUGGCUUUGGUUGAUAAGCUGGCCUGCAAGGAGCCGUACUACGUGCGAUGCAUAAAACCCAACGAGAUGAAGUCUCCGGUGCUGUUCGACGACGCGCGCUGCCAGCACCAGGUGGCGUACCUGGGUCUGCUGGAGAACGUGAUGGUCCGCCGGGCCGGCUUCGCCUACAGGCAGCAGUACCCUCGCUUCCUGCAGCGGUAUAAGAUGACGUGCGAGUACACCUGGCCGAACCACCUGAUGGCCACGGACCGGGAGGCGGUGGAGGCCAUCAUCACGCAGCACGGUUUCCAGGGCGACGUGGCGUACGGCCAGACGAAGCUGUUUGUUCGGACGCCGCGGACGCUCUUCACCCUGGAGCAGGAGAGAAACACGCUGGUCCCCAUCCUGGUGCUCUUCCUGCAGAAGGUUUGGCGAGGCGCUCUCGCUCGCCUGCGCUGCAGGCGGAUGCGCGCCAUCUACACCAUCAUGGGAUGCUACAAGCGCUACAAGGUCAAGGCCCACUUCUGGGAGGUGGAGCGCCGGUUCGUGAGCGUGCGGACGAUGCCGGACUACGGGAAGAGCGUGGAGUGGCCGGCGCCGCCUGCAGCUCUGGCCCAGUUUCACAGCAUCACCACCAUGCUGCAUCGCAGGUGGUGGGCGCGGCAGAUCGUGAAGAACAUUCCUCCGUCCGACAUGUUGGAGGUUCGAGCCAAAGUGGCGGCGCUGACGUCUCUGAGCGGGGAGAGGAAGGACUGGGGCGUCGGCCGGGCCUGGGAGAGAGACUACCUGUCGAGCGUGCGGGACUGUCCUCACACCAGCGCUGCCUUCAUCAGAGUCUCCAAAGAGCUGAAGAACAAGGACGGCUACGGCCAGGUCGUCUUCUCUGCUUUCUGCAGGAAGAUGAACAGAUUCAACAAAAGCACAGACCGAGCGCUGCUCGUCACGGACAAGUUCGUCUACAAAUUGGAGCCGAAGAAGCAGUACAAGGUUCUGAAAAGGUUUCCUCUGGACUCGUUUACAGGACUGAGCGUGACCAGCGGGGCUGACCAGAUGGUGGCGCUGCACACGUCCUCCCAGGACGACGUCCUGCUGUGUCUGCAGCAAGGCGAGCUUUGCCCCAACCAGGACCGGGUGGGAGAACUGGUCGGCACGCUGGUGGAUCACUUCAUGCGCAUCAGAAAAUCUCUGUUUCCUGUGAAGGUCUGCCGCUCGGCGCUGCAGCUGCACAUGAGAGGGAAACCCAAGAAGGUGACGGUGGAAACCAAACCGGGUCAGAACGUGGCGGACUUCAAGAAGAGCAAAGACGGUUUCAUCCUCCUGGUUCCUGAGAAAUGAGAUGAGAUCCAAACCGGGACUUUUUAAAACCCGGUUUGUUUCAGGGUGGAAACCUACAAAGGACUCAAGUCUGCCCCAAAACUGAGACUUUUCUGCUUUUUUAUAGAAUUUUUUAUCAUGUAAUCAAGAAUUGUAAUAAAAUCCAUGCAUCCAGGUGUGUUUGACCUGAAACACAACCAUGGACAAUAAAUUAUUCAAGCUCUACCUGAUUUCUGAUGCUCUGCACAGGAAACUGGAUGUUUAUUUCCUUCAUUCUGUUUAAUUUGCUCUUGUUUUGUUUGAGACGUUUGAGCCCCUGCUGGAGAAACACUCCCCUUAAUAAACUGAAUUUACCGAC